AUGUCAGAACGCAAGGUUCUCACGAAGUACUACCCCCCAGAUUUCGACCCGUCUCUUGUCGGGCGGUCGCGCAAGCCAAAGUCCACCGGCCCAAAAGUACAAACCGUCCGUUUGAUGGCCCCCUUCUCCCUGCGCUGCAUCAAAUGCGGCGAGUACAUGUACCGCGGGCGCAAGUUCAACGCGCGCAAAGAAACACCGCCAGGGGAAAAGUACCUCGGCAUCCAGAUCUACCGCUUCUACAUUCGGUGCACGCGCUGCUCGGCCGAGAUCGUCUUCCGCACGGACCCCAAGAAUCAGGAUUACAUGGUUGAGCGGGGAGCGAAGAGGAAUACGGAGCCGUGGAAGCGCGGGUUGGGGGAGAACGGGGAGGAGGAGACAGACGAGCAGAGGCUGGAUCGACUUGAAAGAGAGCUGGCUGAGAGGGAAGGUCGGGCCGCGGAGGAGAAAAAUGCAAUGGAGGAGCUCGAAGCCAAGACGGCUGAGGCAAAGAGGGAGAUGGAGGUUGCGGAUAUGUUGGAUGAGAUUCGACAGCGUAAUGAAAGGCUGGAUCGGGCAAGGAGAGAGAGAGAAGGCGUGUUUGAUGGGGAAGAUGGGAGUGCGUUUUUGGUACCUGGCGGUAGGGACGAGGAGGAGAGGAGAAGAAAGGAAGAAGAGGAGGAUGCUGAAGCUGCAAGGAGGGCUUUUGCUUGGGCCAGAAGGCAUGAAGCGUUGGAAGAGGUGAUUGUGGAAGACGGAGAAGAGGCUACUGGGGAGAAUGGUGAAGGGUCGGGGACAAGCUCGGAGACAGUUGCUUCUCCUGCUGUGGGCGGGACUCUGACUCCGUCCGCGACGGUUGCCGAUACGAUGCCAGCACCGAGCUUUAAGCGGCAAGUGAAGAAAAAGAAGGACCAUUCAGCACUCUUGGGGAUCAAGAAGAAGCCUCUUGUGGCGUACGGCUCAGACGAAGAUGAUGAUUGA